AUGAAAAAUGUUUCAAAAUUUAAAGGCCUUCCAAAAAUUCCAAAAAUAUUUCCAAGUCGUCUUUUAAAGCCUGAUUCUAAACACAAUCCUUGUGUUGUGGCAAAGACUAAUUGUUUGAAUGGAGGACUUUGUAUGAGUGUUGGACAUGAAUGGUAUUGUGAAUGCCCAAAAACUCAUUAUGGACGUUUUUGUGAAUUUGUUGCUGAUCAAACUGAAUGUGAACGAAAUUUAUGUCAAAACAAUUCUACUUGUUAUAGCACAGAACAUUACCGACAAGUCUCAAAUCCCAACGUUUCUCAAGUCAAAGCUUGUGCUGAUAGGAAGAUGAAGGACAACACAAACAACGAAACGUGUCUUUUCAGUUUAAAUGUAAAAUAUAUGUGUUGGUGUAAAUAUGGAAAUGAGGGAGCUUUUUGUGAAUUUACUGAAGGAAUGCGUUGCUGUGCUGAAGAUCAUUGUAAUUAUCAUGGAUUAAUUGAUUAUACAGAUGUAUUUGUAAAGAAAAAAGGAAAAUUUGAUUUAAAAACACUUAAAUAUAAAUUUAAACCUGUAUGUGAAGAAGUUGUUUGUAAAUGCGUUUGUGAAGAAUUUUACAGUGCAGAAGAUAAUUGUUCGACGCCCGAUCCCUGUCGCGAUCUUGAAUGUGUUAAUAGAGGGAUAUGUAAAACUAAAAUGAAUGGUACUGAAAAGAUAGGUGUUUGUGAUUGCCCAUUAGAUUAUGAAUUUAUUGCACCGAAACAAGGAAUUGAAAUUUGGGGUGAACGAUGCGAAUUCAUUAAUGUUACAGAUGAUGAUCUUAAGGAAGAUGAAAAGGCAUGUAUUCCUUGCGAAGAAGGAAAUGGAUUUGGUUCAUAUGUUAAUUGUAUAAAUACGCAUUGGAAGAAGGAUACAAAAUAUUCUUCUAAUAAACAAGUGGAGCCAUUGGAUAUUUCAAAAUAUUUUCCUAAGGAAUGUUUUGAUAAUGGAAAACGAAAAGUUUGCACUGAGGCAUUGAAAGGAAGAUUUUGUUUAAAUGGAGGCAAAUGUGAAGCUAUCGUUUAUAACAUCACUUUAUUCACCGGAGAAGAUAAACCUAACGAUAAGCCUUUCUUUCUUGUACCAAAAUGUGAAUGCCCUUCUGGUUAUGACGGCGAUUUUUGUGAAAAUCGAAUGUUAGAUGAAUGUGACCGUAGGGAUAUCGAAGAACAUAAAAAUUAUUUGGCAGAAAUUGAAAAUCCAAAUAAAAUACUUUUAAAUUUUUCUCAAGAAGGGUUUAUUCAAACAUUGAAAAAUAGACUUGGUUGGAAGCCAAAAUAUUUUGAGACUAGAAGAGAUGCUCAACUUCAAGGUUUGGAGAAAGCUUUGCGCAAUAGAGGAAUGAAGACAUAUUGCGGCCUACAUGGUUUUUGUCGUCCUUAUAUUGAAGAGGAUGGAAUGAGUUGCAAAUGUGAUUAUGGCUACAAAGGUCCUCGUUGUGAAUUGGUAGAUCCUUGUGAACCUAAUCCUUGUAAGGAAGAUGAAACUUGUAUUGAAUUUCCAGUUGCUGACGAUUCUAUAGAAGAAUCAGAGCUUACUUAUGUUUGCAAUAGUUAAAUGAAUUAUUUUAAUAUCUAAAGGAUUUUAUUUAAAUUCUAAUUUUAUUUAAAUUCUAAUUUAUUUAUUCUGUCUAAAGAAAUUUAUUUUUUUAUUGUUGAAUAUUUAUUGUUGUAAUAAUUUUUAUCUUUUUUUUAAAUUAAACGUUAUCUUUAUUUUUUAUAUUUUUUUAUUACAUCGGGUAGAAGAAUUCAUAUUCUCCCGUUAUUGUUUUUUUCAUUUUUUUCACAUUUCUUACUAAUGCGAGAAUUGUUUAUUUAAUAUUAAAAGAGAAUUAAUCUAAAAUAAAUAAUUCUUACAUUAUUUAUUUUCAUUUGCAUUUUUUUGCAUCUGCCUAUCUAAUCUUUUUUUAUUUUUUUGAAUACCCCUGGUCCAUUCUCAAAAUUUUAUUUUUUUUCUUUAAUUCAAUGAUUAAUUUCUU